AUGAAACUUCAUAGCUUCGCCAUCAUCUUUGUUCUUCUUUUUCUAUCCGUGUUAGAAUUCUCUGAAGCUAUUACUGGUGGAUGGAACCCAAUCAAAAACAUCAAAGAUCCAGAAGUGUUGGAGAUAGCCCAAUUUGCAGUUACCGAGCACCAGAAACAAUCAGGUCAAAAACUGAGUCUGGUGGAAGUAAUCAGUGGUGAGACUCAGGUUGUUGCAGGAUUAAACUAUCGUCUUGUAUUGACGGCAAAAGAUGGAUCUGUUACCAAGAAAUAUCAAGCUCAAGUUGUUGAUCAACUUACCCAUACUAGAAUCCUCACUUCCUUUAAAUCUCUUCCUUGA